AUGGAGCACUUCUUCACCCUCUUCGGCGUGAAUGUAUUCACGGAGGGUUCCAUUUUCUAUCAAUUCAAGUACGAGAUGUGCCUUACCGAGACCUGGAACGAGGAGGUGAAAGAGGCUCGCGGCAUAAUCUUUGAGCGAAGGUCUGCUGCCGCUGCCAUCGCUGAAGAGGGCUGGGUUAUCGUCGGCCGUCCAUUCGAGAAGUUUUUCAACCAACAAGAGUCCGAGUGCCCGGUCGCCAGCGCCAAGGUCUUCGACGCCAACUGCUCGACGUUCGGCAUGGCCGAAAAGGCCGACGGGACCUGCAUCCAGUUCUGGUGGAGCUCGCCCGCCACCCUCGACGCCGUCUACGAGACGGCGCUGCAGAUGGAGGCCGCCGCCGCGGCAGCCAAGAGCGAAGCCAGCGUUGAGCUCAACGUUGCCGACGACGAAGAAGAAGCGAAUGAGGUGGAGAAGCAGGACGUCGAGGAGGAAGAGAGCGACGGAACGACUGGGUUCCAGGGUCUGGGCAAGGCCAGCCUGAUUGAGAAGAGGGCGCGAAGGUUCAAGAAGGUCCUGCCGCGCGUCCUGCAGGCCACGGCCGACAGCCAGCAGCAGGGCGAAGGCGAGGCACCCAAGCACGCACGCGGACUGGUCCGAAAACCGCAGCACUACCACGGCUGGCGUAUCUCCACUCUUGGGAUGGUGACUCCCGCAGUCAUGUUCGAGAGGCUCUUCUGGGGCCUCUUCCUCGGAGACCGUGCCCAGGGCCACGACUAUGAAGCUCUCCAGGAGCUGUUCAAGAUAUUCGACCAGGGCUGGACCUACUUGUUCGAGCUCUGCUGUGAGCAGAACCAAGUUGUAAAUAAGUACACGCAGGACAAGCUUUACCUGAUCGGAGCGCGUCACAGGCACUCCGGUGAGUUGAUGACCAAGGACCAGCUCGACACCAUCGCGCAGCAGCUGGGUCCUUCGGUUUCGAGACCCCGAUAUUAUGACUUCAGCUCGAUCGGGGUGCGAAGCCUGAAGCAGGCCAACGAAUGGAUCGAAAAUGAGGCCAAGCGGACCGAUCUCUACGGAGAGACGCCAGAGGGAUUUGUAGUUUAUUGGAACGGACUGCCUGUCGCCAAGAUGAAGAAUCGCUUCUACUCCGACAAGCAUCUGCUCAUCACUGGGAACCUGCUCUCGAACCGUAACAUCGCCAUCGAGCGAUAUUUUGACGGGACGAUCGACGACGUGCUUGACGUGCUGCCGCCGCCCAUACACACCUUCCUCGACGAGCUCAAGGAGAAGACCAAGGAGCUCAUCCACGAGAUCUCUCGACUCGUGCAGCAAUUCACCAACGAUCUGCCGGCCGAGUGCUUUGACCAGUCGUCGGCCAGCGGCAGGAAGGCCUACGCCGACGCCAUCAAGACCGUCGAUGCCAAGUACAAGGGCCUCCUGUUCCAGAUCAAGGACGACGUGUUGCAGGCGCCGCAGGGACCGGGCGGCCAGCGGGAGGUGGCCAACCUCGAUCGACUGGUGUUCGGGUGGCUCAAGGGCAAGCUCAACUACGCCAAGUUCCACUCGUUGUGGAAGGCCACCAAGGUCAAGGAGAUCCUCGACGACGAGCGCGUCCAGGCCGGCGGCAACUACAAGUCUUGA